CUUGUUGACCCUCCCGUUGCUCACAUCCAUCUCCAAACCUCCCGUUUCCCUCCCAUUGCCUCAAUCUCCGCUCCCCAAUCCCCCCGUCACAAUGGCCUCCCGCAGCUUCUCCAAGGCUCUGCGCCCGCUGGCGCGCCAAUUGGCCUCGCCCGCCGUCCAGCAGCGCACCUUUGUCGCCGCCGCCGCCGCCGUGCGCGCCUCAGCCGUCGCUUCCCGUGUCGCUGCCGCUCCGGCCCGGCAGCAGGUCCGCGGCGUCAAGACCAUUGACUUUGCUGGCUCAAAGGAGGAGGUCUAUGAGCGUGCCGACUGGCCCCAAGAGAAGCUCCUGGAGUACUUCAAGAACGACACCCUCGCCCUCAUCGGCUACGGCUCCCAGGGCCACGGCCAGGGCCUCAACCUCCGUGACAACGGCCUUAACGUCAUCAUCGGCGUGCGCAAGAAUGGCAAGUCGUGGCAGGAGGCCAUCCAGGACGGCUGGGUCCCCGGCAAGAACCUCUUCGAGGUCGACGAGGCCAUCUCGCGCGGCACCAUCAUCAUGAACCUGCUGAGCGACGCCGCCCAGAGCGAGACUUGGCCUGCCAUCAAGCCCCAGAUCACCAAGGGCAAGACCCUCUACUUCUCCCACGGCUUCUCGCCCGUGUUCAAGGACCUGACCAAGGUUGAGGUGCCCAACGACGUCGAUGUCAUCCUCGUCGCCCCCAAGGGCUCCGGCCGCACCGUGCGCUCGCUCUUCCGCGAGGGCCGCGGCAUCAACUCGUCCUUCGCCGUCUACCAGGACGUGACGGGCAAGGCCAAGGAGAAGGCCAUCGCCCUCGGCGUGGCCAUCGGCUCGGGCUACCUGUACGAGACGACGUUCGAGAAGGAGGUCUACUCGGACCUGUACGGCGAGCGCGGCUGCCUGAUGGGCGGCAUCCACGGCAUGUUCCUCGCGCAGUACGAGGUCCUCCGUGAGCGCGGCCACAGCCCCAGCGAGGCCUUCAACGAGACCGUCGAGGAGGCUACGCAGUCGCUCUACCCGCUGAUCGGCGCCAACGGCAUGGACUGGAUGUUCGAGGCCUGCUCGACCACGGCCCGCCGCGGCGCCAUCGACUGGACCCCGCGCUUCAAGGACGCCCUCAAGCCCGUCUUCAACCAGCUGUAUGACUCGGUCAAGAGCGGCGAGGAGACCAAGCGCUCGCUCGAGUACAACUCGCAGCCCGACUACCGCGAGCGGUACGAGGCCGAGAUGGAGGAGAUCCGCAACCUGGAGAUCUGGCGCGCGGGCAAGGCCGUUCGUGCUCUGCGCCCCGAGAACCAGAAGUAAGCGAUCGGCGUCGGGACGGUGCUUUUCUCUCUCUUUUUGUUUGCUCGGGAACAAAGUUUGAUACUCUGGCUUAUGGGGCGGUUGGGCUGUCGCCGCCGAGGACGGGAUACCUUGGGCAUGGGACAUCAAAACAAAAAAAGCCUUGCUUCGCGCUGCAAUUUCGGGUUAAUUUGGGGGGGGGAGGAGGGGAAUUGUUGGCUGUGGUUCAGCUGUAACUGUACAUAUACUCUGGCUGAUGGUAUUUGAUUGUCUGGGCGAUUGCUCUAUCUCACUCGUCCUUGUCGUCGUCAUCGUCAUUGUUCUUGUUGGUCGCAACCCAACUCCUACGCCUACCCUCCUUAGGCUAAUGAGAGGAAGGGAGGGCCUAAACGGCGAGCAAGUCGGGCAACAGGUCCAGGUUCACAUUGCCACCGGUGAAGAUGACGCCCAGGUCCCAGCCUUGCUCGCCGCCCUCGCGCUCGACCAGGGUUCGGAAGUCCUCGUUGAAGAGGGCGACGGCCAGGCCGACGACCGCGCUGGGCUCGACCACGAUCUUCAUCCUCUCGUACACGAGGCGCAGGGCCCUCCUGAUCUCGUCCUCGCCGACGCUGUAGAUCGCCCGGACGAGCCGCCGCUCGUAGAUGACGCCCCAGGGGAUCUCGCCGACCGGCGUCCGCAGGCCGUCCGCGAUCGUGCUGCUCUUGACCGCCGUGAUCCUCUCGCCCGCCGCGAUGCCCCGCCGCGCGUCGUCCGCCCCCUCGAACGACGGC